AAGUAACGAGCCUUUGUCAUAAUUAUCACAAGAAGUCAAUGUAGCCUAUUGUAACACUAAAUAGGCAACAUAAUUGACCAAUAAUUGAUUUUGAAAAUGGAAAACAUUUUUAUACUAUUUUACAACUUUAUAUUGAAACGUUGACUAAUUUUGUACAACCACGAUGAGUCGUAUGAAAGUUCCAUGUUGCAGUAGAUGCAAAAUGAACUAUUAUGUUGGAGAUAUUAAUGGACCAAAAAUUCCAUUAUUACUGAAAUGUGGCCAUGAUAUGUGUCGAAAUUGUGUUAAAUUUUUGUAUAAAAGAAAUUCGGAAGUAACUUGCUUUAUUUGUGAAAAAGUUGAUAAUUUCAAGUUUGAUAAUGAAAAUAAAAUAAAUCUUCCAGUGCAUUAUUAUAAAAUUGGCCAAGUUUAUUGGCUGACAUGUAAAAAACAAAUGGAAAUCCACCGUAGUAUUUCUAACUUAAAAAUGACUGAUUGUCCCACAUAUUCAUCAGAAAGUGUUCAUGAUGUCUGUGAUAAGUGUCAAAGAAGUGCAAAUUGUUUUUGUCAUCACUGUAAUGUAGUAUUUUGUUAUAGUUGUUUUGAUGAAGUACAUACAGAAAAUCAAGUUAUGUCCAAACAUAUUCCAGAAAUGAUCGAUAAAAUUAAUAUUGUGUUGAAUUCUGAACCGAAAUGUGAUCAACAUUUUAAGACUAUUGAGUUUAUUUGUGUAACUUGCGAAGUAAAUAUUUGUUCAUAUUGUUUAGUUCAAAGUCAUAAAACUCAUGAUGUUUCUACUCUUGAAAUUUAUAAUUCAACAACUUUGGAAAAUUUAACUAAAUACUCAAAUAAAGGUUCACUACUUCUAGGAAAACUUAAAAGCACCCGUGAUAAUUUUAAUAUAAAAAUGCAAACAAUCCAUCAUUCACGUUCUAAAAAAAAGUUAAGCUCAUUAGACGAGAUCAAACACACUUUAUCAUUAUACAUGUCUACUGUUAUUGGGGCUUUGCAAAAUAAAGAAGAAUUUAUUUUGGAUUUACUGGAACAAACUGAUUAUGCUGACAUAAAUUCUAUGAAUACAAUUAUAAAUCAAUUGAACGGACUUAUUGGAGACUUGCAGAGUAAAUUAAAUCUGAUAAAUCAUUGUAUAAGUCAAAAUAAGUUAUCUUCGAAUUCUUUAAAAAAUGCUAUAUCAGAUGUAAAAAAUAUGUUGGAUACUUCUUAUUUGAUUGCAAAGAAAGAUAAACCUGAACCAUCUAUUAAAAUGGACGAUCAAAUUUUUGAUGUUAUCCAAAAGUGCUUUACAAUUGAAGUUGAUACUUCUGAUACCUUCUUACUUAGGUAUUCACCAGACUUGCCUGAAAAAUAUCAAGUUAAUGUUUCAAUAGAUAUUAAUGAUUCUGAUUUACUUAGAACAACACUAAUACCAUCUCCAUGUUCUUCAGUAAAUUCAGGAAGUGUUUUCUCUCAUUAUUCUGAUGUUAAAAACUUUCUGCCACCUGUUCAUGACUUAGUACCAAUCAAAGAAAUUCAUAAGAAUGUAGUAGAACCCGUAGUUGUAACUGCUGUGAAUACCCCAUCAAAUUUCUACCUUCAACUUCUUGCAAACAACUCUCAUUUAAAUAUGAUUAAUGAAGAACUCAAGAAAUCAGUUAAUACCAAAAGCAAUGUUGUUGAUAAAAUUGAAAAAAAUAAUGUUAUGUAUGCUGUGUUAACUACUAAUCAAUAUUGGUGUCGAUGUAUUAUAUCUCAUAUUUAUGAAGAAAAUGGCAAUAUGUUGUAUACAGUUCAUUGCAUUGACUAUGGAUUUUUAGAAACUGUCACUUCUGAUAAAAUUCGAAGUGUACCAACAGUACUAAGAUCAAUACCUCCAUUAGCAUAUAAUUGUGCUCUAUAUGAUUUAAAACCAAAGGCAACUACUGGAUGGUCCAAUGAUGCUUAUAAACUGUUUACUGAUUUAAUGUUUAUAAAAUCUGGCACAUUUUAUAUGUACCCAAUGGAGACACGAGGUGAAAGAAUUGAAGUUGAUGUAGUUUGGAAAGAUAUUUAUCCCUUGUCUAUAAGAGAUGCACUAUUCUUCUUAGGUUAUGGUUCAUAUGAAUAUUAUGUAAACCAAUCCUUGCAUCAAAAACUAGUGAAUUCUGUAACUAUCCCUGUAAGCAUACAAUUAGAAAAAGGAGAAAGGUAUCCUGUUUCAUUAAGUCAUUUUGUUUCACCAAAUGAAUUUUAUUUCCAUGUAAUUGACAAAUCUGCUUUAUUAGAAGAUAUAAUGAAUAGAUUGCAAAAAGUCUACAAACCUACUGAAAAAGAAAUGCAAAAGAGUUACUUAUUAUACACACCUCAAAUUGGAAUGGCAGUUGCUGCACGAUUUUCUAUGGAUGAUACGUGGUAUAGAGCUAAAAUUACAAGUAUACCAGAACCUCGUAUGGUUACUGUAUUUUAUGUAGACUAUGGUAAUUCAGAAACUUUACCAUGGGAUCAGUUAAGAGUACUUGAUGAGUAUUUUAUUAAAAUAUCACCACAAGCUUUAAGAGUAUCGCUUGAAGGUAUUAUUCCAUCUCAUAAUGGUAUAGAAUGCAGUGAAUGGAGCAUUGAAGCAAAUGCUAAACUUAUGGAAAUGUUAAGCAUUAAUCAUUUUGUUGCUGAUAGCUUAUAUAUUUUUGUGAAUGAUGUAAUAAAAGAUGGUGUACAUAAAGUUACUGUAUACAACCAAACAUCAAGAGGAGAAUUUUGUAUUAAUAAUAAACUUGUCUCUCUGGGAUAUGCAUUACCUACACAAUCUGGAGCUUACAUCUAUAAUAGCAACAAAAAUAAAAGACGACCAAUCAAAAUUAAAAAAUUGCCAGUAAAUACGCGGAAUAGAUCAGAUUCAUUUGAUAGUGAUGAUACAUCAGCCUUUGUGUCACAACGCUCUGUGAUUGAAAGUGAAAACCAUAUAUGGAAUGACAAAAAAAGUGAUUCUCCUGGCAUAGAAAUGCUUGUUAUCAGAGUUGAAAGUCCUGACAAAAUCAUUUUGAAACCUGUGCAGUAUAAUCCAACUAAGUUAACUGAUCGUUUAAAUAAAGAAUAUUCUAAAAAUAUUUCAAAUAAAGAAACAAAAAGUAAUUGGGUAGAAAAUGAUAGAUGUGCAUUGUUUAUUAAAAAAUUUGGUAAUUGGUAUAGAGGAAAAAUUUUAAAAUUGGACGAAAACAAAAAAAAAGCAACAGUGUAUUUUUAUGAUAUAGAUGAAACAAUUGAUAAUGUAUUCACUAAAAGUUUGUUUGAGCUUGAAGAUAAAUUGUUUAAAGAAAAAUGUGAAAUUUUACACUGUAAAUUAAAUAAUUUAACACCACUUGGUACAUCUAAUGGCCAGUGGGCCAAAUUUACUAGUGAUCAACUUUCAGAAGAAUUAAAGAAAUAUUCAUCUGUUUAUUUAAAUAAAAAAGGCAAAGAAGGUGAUGUAAUAUUAGGAGAAAUUUGGAUUAAGGAUUUAGUAGUACCAAAAGCCUUAGAACCUAUUCGUACACGUUGGAUUAAUAUUAAUAGAUUUAUGGUAGAACAAGGUUUAGCCAUGUGGAGUAAAAAGAUAAAUGAGGUAGGUAAAGUGAAAAAAGGAAGAAAAAAAGAAUUGUCAAAAAAAUAAUAUAUAUAUUUUUAAUUAAUAUUAUUAUUAUUAUUAUGCACAUUGGCAAUUUCAGCUAUUGUAGUAUUUAUAUGUUCAUUUAAUUUUAAGAAAAGAAACAUAAAUGAAACUAUUUAUAUAGUAUUUGUAGUUAUUUCUAUUUCAUUUUACUAUUAU